GCUCGUUAAACCAAAAACACCCCACUUGUUCUUGUAUCUUUUCCCCCCUCUUAUUCUUGAACGUUAAAUUGUUUAAGUAUAUAUUUGUAUCUUCUUCUUUUUUUAGGGUUUUAGUAUAUUACCUCUGUUUUAUAUGAAGCCACUGGAGGUUAGCUCCCAGCAAAAGUCAACAUAAAGUCAACGGGAGUUGACCGCGGCCCUCCUACGCUGUGCCACGCUGCUGCCUUCAGCUCCUGGAUGUUAAGUUGGCUUCCCACUUGGUGCCCCACAUCUCCCACUCAGCUGAAAGAUGCAGAGGAAAAAAUGCUAAAGAGUGUGAAGCGGCCUUUCUCCAGGCAGCACGUCCGCAUAUCAAACAGCAACUACCUGUGGACCCUAGCUUUCUCCACUCACUCCCAUCCCGAGCCCCCUGCCCAGCCUAGGGUCCCUCUGGUUCUGCUGCACGGCUUUGGAGGUGGUGUUGCCCUUUGGGCCCAAAACUUGGACUCUCUUUCCAGCAGUGGACCGGUCUACGCCUUAGACCUGCUGGGCUUCGGGAGGAGCAGCCAUCCUAAUUUCGCAACCAAUCCGGAGGGGGCUGAGGAGCAGUUUGUGACAGCCCUGGAGGAGUGGAGGGAGAAGGUGGGACUGGAGGAAAUGGUGCUACUGGGACACAACCUCGGAGGAUACCUGUCUGCUGCCUACACACUCAAAUACCCACACAGGGUAAAACAUCUGAUGCUGGUGGAGCCGUGGGGGUUUCCAGCUCGUCCGGAGAACCCCAACCACAACUCCAUCCCAGUGUGGAUCAGAGCCAUGGGGGCUGUCAUGAGCCCCUUCAACCCUUUGGCUGCACUCAGACUGGCUGGGCCUCUAGGUCCAAUGCUGGUCCAGAUGAUCAGGUCAGACUUCAAGCAGAAAUACGCUUCUGUGUUUGACGACAACACGGUGUCUGACUAUAUCUACCAUCUGAAUGCCCAGACUCCAAGUGGAGAGACCGCCUUUAAGAACAUGACUAUCCCCUAUGGCUGGGCAAAGAGGCCCAUGCUGGAGAGGAUCGGCCAGGUCCAGCCUGACAUUCCCAUUUCUUUCAUCUAUGGAUCACGGUCCAGCAUUGACAGUGACUCUGGACAGGCGUUCAAGAAAACCAGACCAGAUAUAGAAAUCAGGGUGAUCAGAGGAGCGGGCCAUUACGUUUUCGCCGACCAGCCUGAUGACUUCAAUCAGGCGGUCCUUCAGAUCCUCGCUUGGACGGAGAAGGAGAACGAAGACGAGGAAGCAAAACAGCGAGAGCUCCCUCAUUUAGACGCCACACAGGAGGGCACAGGGUUGAACUACUCCAAACCCACCGUGAACUGUUAAUUGUGAACUGUAAGCCUCGAUAUCAUGCACUUUACUCUGAAGAGAGACACUCCCAAAGACUUGGGGUCAAUGGUCAGAUUAAGCUGCCAGCCUCAUGUAAACAAGUUUGGUAAAUAAAUGUGAGAUGCAGUCUGUGUUGCUCACUUAGUAUUUUUUCUGUCCUUGAGCAAUCCUUGUCUGUAAAAAAAGAGAGAUCAUCUCUCUAGGGAAUAUCUUGUUUUGGGUGGAUGUCUAGGCAAAGUACACAGCAUGUUCUUUUUCCGACCCCUCACCCACUCUCACCCAGAAAAAUGAGGGAGAAAGAAGUAGGGCAAAGGGCCGAUGUGAUGUGUUUUUCAGGAAACUUUCUCGCCUCUCUAGAGUCGCCCUGAUCAGGAGCGGCCAGCAGGUGGCAGCACAGUAACAGCAUGUUCACGUUACCUCCCCUCUCCUUUUGCAGAAGGGUAACACUGAGUCCCAUACAAACCAGCCUCGCAUGCAUAUUGAGUCUAGUGACCCACUCAGGAGACCUGGACAGUGAUGCUUUAAGAGCAGUACGACACUCAGCUCUCUGCAAGUCACAACUGCAGUGACAGAAUAAGGUCAGAGACGUGUGUUGGACUAUAAAUAGGCCCUCCGUUUUUGACACGAGUUGAACAACUCGAUCUUUCACCAGCAGACAUUAAUUUUGUGAAGACUGCAAGUAUAGCUGUAGCAAAGAAGUUAUUGUUUUUAAAUUUGAAAUGUUUAUUGUGACAUUUUGUGGUCCUGUGGGAGGCACUAAUGCACUUCAUAAAUUCAUAUUUAUAUCUGACAAUUAUGCUGUAACACACUAAAAAUCCACUGGUAUUGUAGAUAAGUUCAUAGGUUACUUUAAAAGUCAUCAUGUGGCCUUAUUAAAGGUUAGUCAAGUGACUUUAUUGGUCAGUUUUGCUUCAACUUUACUUCACUGUUUCUUAAACUUUCUCAAAAGUACCACCAUUUUGACAGAUGUUAAAAUACAGAAUAUGAACAGUUCAUUGCAAGAGGCAGGUUGUUUGGAGUAAGAAGAUGAUUUAUUGUUGACUGUUGUUCAAGAAACGGAGCUAAUUUGGUUGAAACUUAUCUUCCACAGCCAUAAUCUCAGCAUUAAAUUUUACCUCUGUUUA